UGUCGCUUGCUCGUAACAGAAUGUACUACUCGUUGGUAAUUUACUUCGUGGUAGUGGCAUUUGCCCACCGAGGGGAUUCGAUGAGAAUCAACAUGACGAUGUUUUCCAACUGCCAAGAUGUAAAUCUGCCCUACGAGUCCGUCCCGAUCUCCGUGGAAACUGUUAGAUAUGAUCGCGAUGCGGACGGAGUCUGCAACACACUGCACGCAGAGUACGAAGUUCGUGAAUCUUCGGACCACGUGGACUGGGAACUGAUCAUUACGACCUAUAAAUGCCCGUUACAAAACUCGGUAACGUGUCUCGAGAAUCCCAGGGAACAUAUCGAACCCAUGCACUGCGAUCGAUUUCACAGCGAUGAUAGUGGCCCGUGGUUUAUGCUGGCAAGCGCCAUGAUAGAUGGCGACCGUUGUGGGCGAGUUACGGGACGGUUCAACCUGGAUACGGCGGUUAUGAAGAUUAAAUAUCUGGACCAAUACGUGGCGAUGGGUGAGGGUACUUAUCGGGUCCGUAUGAUGUUCCACAUUCCCGGAACAAGUGUGGAAACCUUGAACGUACGUGGAUGCUGCGAAAUGGACUUCGAUGUGAUCCAAUAAGUUUGUUAGCACAAGUUUAAUCUCAAUCGAGCACUGUACGAAAGCUGAAAUGGUACAUUUAAUCAAAUAAAUAGGGUCGUUUUGGUGGCUGAUAAACAUUGAGAACCAAACGGGAAGGGUGCACUAGCGAUGACUCAUUCCACUAGUUGUUUGUGUAAUCAAUGCGUUUAUUUAUCCUUUCAGACUGUAUCAUUCCACCGUUCAUUCUUACCCAUUUACAUGAAAAGAUAGGCGUACGUUAGAUACCAAAUGAAUGUCACAGUUUAGGAGUAGGUAGUUCUGCACAGACUUUGAGACUGAUUGAGAUAACAAAUUUCGCCUUGCUGAUAAGGACAAUUUAGACAGUAAUUCGCAUGAGUUUUCGUAAUAGUCUCGCAAUUGUGAACCUAAUGGUUCGGUCUCAGUUCAAUGAAUUUACACAGCUUUUCAGAUACACUGGCUAGAUGAAUCGCGAGAACCAAUAAAUAAAUUUCAU